GCUUCCUUCCUGGCUCCGCCCAGCUCCCUCCUGGGGGCGGGGCUACAGCCGGGUUGGUGGAAGGGGCGGAACGGCGGCUGUGCGCGUGCGCGGAACAGAGCCGCGGGGUUAGAGCGCAGCGGCUGGUUUGGCUUAAGCUUUUGAGACAAGAUGCAGGACCCCAACGCAGACACUGAGUGGAAUGACAUCUUACGCAAAAAGGGCAUCUUGCCGUCAAAGGAAAGUUUGAGCGAGUUGGAACAGCAGGCAGAGGAGGAGGAGCAGCGAGCCCUUCAGCAGUCUGUUGUGAAAACAUAUGAAGAUAUGACUUUGGAAGAGCUGGAGGAUAAUGAAGAUGAAUUUAAUGAGGAAGAUGAACGAGCUAUUGAAAUGUACAGGCAGCAGAGACUGGCUGAGUGGAAAGCAACUACACUGAAGAAUAAAUUUGGAGACGUUUUAGAGAUCUCAGGAAAGGAUUAUGUUCAAGAAGUUACCAAAGCUGGAGAGGGCUUGUGGGUCAUCUUGCACCUUUACAAACAAGGGAUUCCCCUCUGUGCCCUGUUAAAUCAGCACUUCAGUACGCUUGCCAGGAAGUUUCCCGAUGUCAAAUUUAUCAAAGCCAUUUCAACAACCUGCAUACCCAAUUAUCCUGAUAAGAAUCUGCCCACAAUAUUUGUUUACCUUGAAGGCGAUAUCAAGGCUCAAUUUAUUGGACCUCUGGUGUUUGGUGGCAUGAACCUGACAGUAAAUGAGUUGGAGUGGAAAUUGUCUGAGUCUGGAGCCAUCAAGACAGACCUGGAGGAAAACCCUAAGAAACCAGUUGAAGAUGCGUUGCUGUCCUCGGUGCGGUGCGCCGUCCCCAUGAGGAGGGGCAGUGAUUCUGAGGACGACUAAGGCUGUGGCCGCAGGAAUUUGCCCAACUUCCUUGAUGUGACAGAUUGUCUGGACUCUUUUAAAAAAGGAAAAAGUAGGAAUAAGUCCUUUGGCUUUUAGCUUUUUAUAAUUAUGUUUCAGAUCUCUUAGAUCUCAGAAAUAAUCAAUCAUUGCUGGGAAUCCUAUUAAAUUUUUUGAAACUGUCUUUUUAAAUUAAUAAUAUUUCCUUAAAAAAAAGUAAAAUAAAAACUGGUUAUUAGUAUGGCAAGUGUC